ACUUCAUACCAGUCGAUGGUUGACGGAUUCUUGAGUAAAUGUUUCACUCUACUGUGUACGAGUGGACGCGUGCGCGGCUGAGACAAGUUCAGACUGACACGAAGGUGUGGCACUAGUCAUGCGUGGGAGAGGAGGAGGUCCAGUCACUCACUUGGAAGCUUUAUCGUGGAGACUUGAUGAUCUUUUCAAGGUCUUCCUGCUUGUGCCAACGCGUCCCACUCAGCACUAUAACUCAGCAUGCCAGGUUAUUUCGCCGAGGGAAGCUUCCAAGAGGAACCGCACCAGAAGUAGCAACCACCUGACUGACGCAGGUCGGGCGGCGACCGGAUCCGAGAAAACCCCAACAUGUCGCCUCAGCGAACUCACUUGGAGCUACAGAAAUAGUUUCGCAACAGAGCAUUCGUCAACCCAUCACUUCACCCAUUGUAAAGCAGCCAUGCGUAGAUUCAGCUCAGAGGGGUCUCUCUUAGAUAUCGACUUUCUUCCAUGGAGGCGUGUGAUUACAAACAAAGAGAAUCGAAAGACUGCAGCUUUAUCAUCCACUUUUGUGGAUGGUGAGUUUCCACGCCCACCGUUCAUCCAGGAGCCAAUUGUCGAUGAAAAGGAAAAUAAAAAGCUGAAUAGAGAACAAAGCACCAGUGCAGAGAACCUCUCAGUGAAGGUGGACAGGAACCACUUGGCAGUGUGCGUCAUUAAUGAAGGCUUUCGGGCCUACAGUGACAGCCAGCUGAGCCCUGCUGCACAAGGAAGCUCUGACAGUGUGGAGAAAGAAGAUCCGCCAUCUACCUCCCCGUCGGCUGACUCCUGUGAGGCCUUCAAACCUGAGCAGAAGCACCAUCACAGACUCAAGCUGACUGCUGCUAAACUGCACCUCAAAAGCCUCUUUGGACUGAGUCCCCAUUCCUCCAACUCCAACCUGUCUUGCUAUGAAAACAAAGACAGUCUAACAGAGAGAAGGUCUCGUCUGCUCUUCAUGCACCAGUGGAGUAUGGUAGGCCACAGCAAAGGGAGCAGGAUCAGUCGAGAAGAGCUGGAAAAAUGGGCAGAGUCACUGGAUGCUCUGCUGAAUAGCCACUUGGGUGUUUCCGUGUUUGGAGCAUUCCUCCGCUCCCAGUUCAGUGAGGAGAACCUGCAGUUCUACCAGGCUUGUGAGCAGUACAAACACUCAUCAAACAAAUUCAGCCUGCAGCGAAGAGCCAAGGACAUCUGUGCCACCUACAUCCUGCCAGGAUCCCCCCGAGAAGUGAACUUGGACAGUAAGACGCGGGACCUCACCAUCCAGCUGCUGCAGGCACCAUCCCACACCUCUCUGAACUAUGCACAGAAGCGCAUCUACUCACUACUGGACCUGGACUGUUACCCUCGAUUCCUCCAGUCCAUCGUCUAUCAGUCCCUGCUCAAAGAAGCUGAGUAGAGUCCGUCAUCUUCAGGUUUCCGGCACAGACUCUUGGGAUGGUCUUCUGUUGUUGUCUCGGGGCCUGAGCUCACACAAGCAUCCACUCUACAGUUGUAACUAAUGAGAUGCUAUGAAGAUGCGAAGUUGGCAGCAUAAGAUCCAGAUAAGCCAACAUGUUUUAUUGUAUAUGACAGCUGGAUCACAUGAUUUAUCAUUUUCCACCUCCUACUUUGACACUUAAGUUUGAGCUUUGAUGACCUUUUCGACCAGAGGUGACACGCCUACACAAAGAGUUUACAGUCCCAUUGCCGUGUUGUUAAAUCUAUUCGCGAAUGUAACCACUGUUUCAUGAUGUGGUUAAUCCACAUCGAGGCACUGCCUCGGCCUGAGACUUUGAUUGGUUGGCUCACUGCCCAGGUAGGCACCGCCCACUACCUACUGUAUAACUCCCUUGUCUUCCACUGCUCAGUCCCCUUUGGUACUCAGUCGCAGAAGGCAGGCCUGCUGGGUAGCCUAUUUGUACAACUAGUACAACAUUUGUGCACCGUUCUCCUAUGCUGUUUCUACGAGGACGCUAUAUAAGUGUACUGUAUGACAGUGGAAUACUCCGACCAUGGCCACCCAUUCAUUCAUAUUUAUCUUCAUGCUGUGCUUGAGCCACGUCAUGAAGUUCUGUUGGCGACUCGCUUCAGCAAGACAAUCGGCGAUGAAUUCUGCCAGUUGUAGCACCUUCCACUGAAAAGCCAACGAAAAACUGCGGAACUAUGAGCGCUCACGACACCCAGUGGAGAACUGGGACACAUCCCCUCCACAAGAGCCACACAUCUGACUGUCAGCAGAGGCUCAGUGGAAGAUCACAACCAUGUUUCACGAAUGUGUCCUGCCUUAUUUUGUGCUUUGUUUGCCUAUAAUUUAAAUGAGUUUUAUUUUCAGUAGUGGUUUUUUUUUAUUAAGUUAUAUUUGUCUUGUCUUUGUUUUUUUUCUUAGUGAUCUGAAAAAUGAUCCAAUCUAUGAUCAGAUCCAAACCUUUUAGAGGGCACAAAUCUUCCUCAAUGUGCAACAUUAUUUUACAUUCUUUCAAUGCAGGCAAUGAGAUCAGUAAAGUGGGGUCAUUGAUUUUUAAGAACGUCAUUCAGAAGUCAUUCAUAUUUCCUGUGUGGAACUUACGAGAGGUACGACAGACUACUCAUCCCGUGGUACCCCGGACCCAAGUGGCACCGUUUUAAAACACGCAUGCACACAAAACCAAUAUGCACCAUCAUCAAUGUCAAGCAAAAAGUCUAAAUAGGACAUUUGAAAACUAAAUAAAAUUGUCACUCAGACUACUUCCCCCUGUCCCUCAGAAGACUGUCUACAGAGGGUCCAGCUUCAAACUGCCAACUGAGGCAACCCUCUGCACCAGAUUCUCCAGCCUGGAGAGGUCUGUCUUAGAUAUUGUGCUCCCACCUAUUCUUAACUCGGUGCAUGAUUCUGAGUUGCCUUGUUUCUGAAUUAUGUUUCUCUUGCUUCCAUCAC